GAAAUGAGAACAAGAACAUAGAAAUGUCAACGUAGUAGUGUUGUGCAUCUAUCUACGUAGUCUGUUUCGGUCUGUUGUAUGUAGAGUAAGUGUUUGCGUAAUGACAUAAGAAUUUGCCAUUAAUUUUAUUAUAUUAAGUGAACUGAAUUGUUAGUUUCUAUUACUGUUCUUUCAAAAUUUCAGUUAGCCUCCACAAUUUAAACAGUUUUGGGCACGCCCGUUAAUAAUAAUGAGUGGCAACGGUUUUGAUCUGUGUGAGUGUAUUUGGACUCACGAGAUGGCAAUGAGACGUUUACUUUCACUGUUACGCCAGUCUCAAGCAUAUUGCACGGACAGUGUAUGUUUGGAGGAAUAUGGUGUAUUUGUAGUGCCUGGUGGUCCGCCUAGCGCACAGGGAGGUCCCAGCAGCAUCUUCCUGAUGACAGUAUGCUGGAUCGCAGUAGCCUUGGUCCUGUACAUCCUCAGGCCUAGCAGUCUUCGCAGCACUGAUGAUUCUAAGCCUCAUGGCAAUGGAUUUGGUUCUCAUGGAUCUCCCCCAGCUCCUCCCCCAGCCAUCAACUGAGGCUGACAAGAGUUUUAUAUUGCCGUGUCUGCCAUUACAUCAUUCCGGGAACUCUUGAAGAUGGAGCCAAAUGAGAAAUCUAACCAUUUCACUGAGACUUGUUAACUCACCUGAUGACAUUCUGCCAAAAGGCUGUUAUAUAACUGGUUGUAAAAACAAGCAGUUGCUAUUUGGAAAGAUUUCUUCCAUUAGGAAAAUAUCCUUUUCUUCAGCAGCCACCAUGGUUAGGCAGAUGGCAGAUUCGUAUGAGAUCCAAAAUGCACAUUUUAAGUUUUAUAAUUUUACUCACUACCAGUAGUCUUUAAUUUUUCUUAAUGGAUCUCCUUUGCAGUUAUAAAAUGUUUGUCUUUCAUUUAGGAGGAAUCAUAUAUAUAAUGAGAGGCUUUAUUUUGAUAUAUUGAUGCACCAACAAGUGGCACAACAUAAUGAUAUUAUGUUACCAGUUAUAUACAUGUUUUGAUUUAAUAUUUUUAGCAGCUAUACUAUAAAUAAUAUUAACUUAUUUUUGUUUGAAUACUAUACUAAUGCUCAUUUCAUAUGAUAUUUACUGCUUGUACCUAAUUAUUGGUAAGUCUUUUCAUGUCUUGCAAGAGUGCAGAUGCGAAAAGGUUUAAAAUCCUGACAUAGUAAGGUUCAAACUGGUGCAAGCAAGUUGUAUAAAGGACUUUACAUUCCUAUUUGGGUUUGUCUGAUUUCCCUUCUGUAUGUAGCGAGAAAGACAUGCUAGUUUGAUGUCCUUACAUUACUUGAAAAUCAAAACAUCCUGUUGAAUGUGCAGUUAAUGCAGACAGAAUGUAUAUAGAUAGCCAGGAAAAGCAUAAAUAAUGUACAGAUAUGUUAAUGUAUACAGAGCAUAAAAUAAGUAUUAUAUACAUGUAAUUAAGAUGUUUAAAAUAAAAGCACCACUUGCAGUAUUUAAUAUAGAAUUUUUAAUGUGCAUGUUACAAAUCCCCUGUGUUGAUUGCAAAGGUGUGGCAGUGUAAAGUUGAUACUGUAUACAUCAAAGUCACAGACUUCUCAGUGUUAAGAUAUGUACAUUCUUCAUUUUAUAUCCAGUUGUCUCCUUAUAUGUGUGCCAAAUACUUAUUUUCUGUACAGACUUAAAUGUUACGAACAUUUCAGUGUAACAGAGUCAGCCUGUAGCACUGUUAAGUAUGUUGCACCAGACCUUUCCACCUUGGUACCAGCUACUGACCUAUGCAGUGGCUCUAACGCCAAAUGAGAUCUGUAUUUAUGGAUAGAGGUAAAAGUUAAAGUUGUCCCUGUGCUUAAUUCAUUAAGCACUGUGCCAUGAAGAUGUGUGGGGGAGCGGAGGUGUAGCACUGCCACUCUUGACUUUGGCAUCAGAUGGAAGAGAGUGGUUAUCUUCUUGCGCCAGGCUCUAGUCUGGGAAAAGAGUUUAGGAGAGCAUAUGGGCUGCAGAGCUUGUCUUGAUGCUUUGGAGCAUUCAAGUUAUAUUUCUGAAAUGGCUGCACAUAUAAAUAUAACAGAGUUGAUCAAAGCAUUGCCAGGCAACAGCUCAGUAAACACCCUGUGAUACGUGCAUGCAACAGUUAUAGCUUGCUAGGCAGCAGUCAGCGUGUCAGUGUACUGGCAAGAUAGCAAUCACAUGACUUGUGUUUCUGCGUGGUCCGUGCAGAGCCUAUAUAACAAGUAUUGUAGCUUAGAUUAGUGUGCAGUGCAGUUGAGAGAAUUGGAAUGGAGAGUUGAAGUCGG